AUGAGCGAACCGACUACAGAUGACUGGGAGAAUAUAGAAAAAGGAUUCUCUGAGCGUUGGAAUUUUCCCAACUGUUUUGGGGCACUAGAUGGGAAGCAUGUUGUAGUCACUGCUCCCACAGCUUCAGGAUCCACGUAUUAUAACUACAAGGGUACAUUUUCAAUCGUACUUCUCGCCUUGGUGGAUGACAAGUACUGCUUCAGCGUAAUAGACGUUGGUGGGUAUGGUUUGAACAGUGAUGGCGGGUUGUUCAAGAGCAGUGCUUUAGGUAAAAAGCUUCAAAAUCACACACUCGGCCUUCCCAAUGACAAACCGUUGCCAGACGCCCCAGAACUAGGGUCAAUGCCUUAUGUACUGGUUGCCGAUGAAGCUUUCCCACUCACGACCCCCACAAUGCACCCAGUACCCGGCCGUGGACUGAAUGAUGAAGACAGGAUUUACAAUUAUCGCCUUUCGUACGCUCGACGAAUUUCCGAGAACGCACUCGGUAUUUUAGCAAGUCGAUGGCUAAUGUAUCAGAGGAAAAUACCACUGAGCCCAGAAAACGUGGAUUCCGUUGUGCGAGCGACAUGUGUGCUUCAUAACAUGUUGCAGAGUCAAAACUAG